GCCUCGGUCAGUUGAGCUGUAGCGCGGGAAACCUGCCGCCGCCAUCACCACCCACGGCCACACACCUCAACCACCCCCUUCCUCUUAAACAAACCCUUACACACAAACACACCCUCUAUUACCAAUAACCAACGAUCUAACUACCAUCAACUACCUAACAACCACCACUUAUUCAUGUCGCUGCAGAACUACGAAAAGAUUGAGAAAAUCGGUGAAGGGACUUAUGGCGUUGUGUAUAAGGCCCAGGACCGGAUCACCAAGAGGAUUGUGGCGCUCAAGAAGAUAAGACUAGAGAAUGAGGCGGAUGGGGUGCCGAGUACAGCCCUGAGGGAGAUCUCUCUUCUCAAGGAGCUCGACCAUGAAAACAUCGUGCGUCUUCUUGAUGUGGUGUACGGCGACCGCAAACUGUACAUGGUCUUUGAGUACCUUAACCAGGACCUAAAGAAGCUGUUUGACGAGUGUGGCGGGGGGCUGUCCCCUGACCUGGUAAGGAGCUACAUGCAGCAGCUACUGAGGGGCAUCGCCUUCUGCCACUCUCACCGCAUCCUCCACCGCGACCUCAAGCCACAGAACCUCCUCAUAGAUGCUAAGGGAUCCAUCAAGCUCGCAGACUUUGGCUUGGCCCGGGCAUUUUGUUUGCCGGUCAGAGUUUACACGCACGAGGUGGUGACGUUGUGGUACCGCGCCCCAGAGAUCCUCCUCGGGGCUAAGAAUUAUUGUACCUCCGUCGAUAUGUGGAGCCUAGGUGCCAUCUUUGCCGAAAUGUUGACGAGAAAGGCUCUGUUCCCCGGCGACUCCGAGAUCGACCAGUUGUUCCGCAUCUUCCGCACUCUGGGAACGCCGGGUGAACAGGACUGGCCGGGCGUGACUCAGCUGCCAGACUACAAGAGCACGUUCCCCCGCUGGGAGGUGGACGCCAACAGGUCCAUAGCUCAGUUGGUGCCGCGGCUGGACGAACACGGGCGCCUUUUACUCCUGAGUAUGUUGACGUACUACCCGAGACAGCGCGUGACGGCCAAACACGCCCUCCAGCACCCUUACUUCGACGACGCUCGCCUCGUGCCGCCCACGGGAGUGCGGUGAACUCUGCCAGUCGUCGUGGUCCAAGUAAAAACAAUGGUUGAGCUUAUUAUAUUUUAUUAAUUAUUCCAGGAGUGGUUAUUGCAAGUAAUAAUUCACUAGUAGUGGAGGUUCCUGGGCGAGGCGAGGGUUCUGGCACAUAGUAAAGUUUAGUUGUAUUUUUUUCGAAGAGUUUAUAAGUUAGUGUUGGUGUGUGGAUGUCUUGCGUCCAGUAGUGUAGUGUAGAGGAGAGUAGAGUAGACUGUUUAUGUUAUAAUACUUGCUUGUAUUUUUUUAAGGAGGGAAAUUUUUAGUUAGUUUCUAUAUUGUCUGAUAGUUUGUUUGUCAGUUAUGUAUACAAUAAGAUCAAGUCUGGCUGUGACCAAAAUAGGGUAAAAUAAUAUAUAGAUACAAAGUUUUUAUUAAUUGUAGUUUUAAAUACCAGAGUACUUUUAUAUUUUCUGUACUGGCGUGUUGACUUUCCCACUUGGUCUUUGUAAAGUUGAUCGGGUGUUGUCAAGGUUACAUGCCUCUUGGUGGCUCCUGUCGUGUCUGGAUGAAAUAUUAAGAUGUACAAACAUUAAAAACUGAUUUAUAUUCUUGUAAAAAUUAAAAUUGUACAUGUAGAAGAAUUAUAAAUUGAAAUAUAAAUAUUUUUCUUACAUUUGUUGUGCUGUUGAGGACUGUAUGUGUGGUAGUUGGCCCUGGUGUGUGUGGUAGUUGGUGGCCGGAUUUAAAGUACUGGUCAAACCUAACACUCCUAGCUGUGUCCAAGGUAGCUAGUCCAUUACUACCUAUCCAUCCAAACCUAAAACCCCUUAAAUAUCUGUACAAAUCUAUAUAAUCUUUAUCCAAACAAAGUCUAUAGGUACAAAUCCUUUUAUCCAGCUCUAAAAAAAAUCUUAUAUAGACACGGAUUCCCUUUCAAGCUAUAUAAACCCUUAUAUGUUGGGCUAGCCUCACUAACUGGCUCAUACAACAAGUGGUACAAACAUGGGGACUUCUAUAAGACGUGUGGGGGAUAAGGUGGUAAGGGACUCAUGGAAGUUACUGUAGAGGUAGGAAUGAAAUGGUUGUAGGCUGUAGCUCUACCAUUAAUGUCAAGACCCAUGUUAUUUUUCCCUCUUACAAAAUAAUCUUAGUGGUGGACUGUCAGAGUGUGUGUGUAACUCAUUGUGUGUUUGGGGUUUCUCUCAGCUGACUUAAUCCAGAAUAAAAGACCUGAUUGUAUUGCUACUCCUCUAAGGGUUAAUGUUGCACCUGAUUGUAUUGCUACUCCUCUAAGGGUUAAUGUUGCAUUUGUAUUAGAUGAAAAUAUUGCUUUAUAACAUGUUUGUAUUUGUGUGUAAUACAAAUGUGAUGUAUUGUGUAACAUUGUACAAUACACUUAAGUGUCCAGGACAAACUACUGUAAUUGAUAGUGUUUGUAUUGAAUGAAUGUAUUAAUAUAUGCAAUACUGUAAUGUUGUUAUAAGACAUUUGGUCGAGUACAAAUGUGUUGGAGGGUAUUCUCAUAUGCUUGGCAGCUCUUAACAGGAACCCAUUCAUUAGUGACAGCUGACUUAUAGCUCGCCCAACAACCAGGGAGGUGCUUCUUGUUCACUCUCCUCCCAACCGACUGUUAAUGGACAAAGAUGCAUUUAGGGCCAAGUAUAAUUUGGUGAGGACUGAGGAGAGGAGCAGAGUGACAGACACAAGAGGUAUGGGAACACCCUCCUCUACUGUCAGGUGGUUGGCAGGCAGCAGCUGAGUGGUCACCUCCUUUAGCUGGUCCCUCAAUACAGUUGUGUAAAUACGUACUGUACUCAUUUAUUCCUCUGAAGUACACCAUGUCCAGUACAGUGUUGUAUUUAAUUAGUUACAGUACAGUUAUCUCCCAUCUUAAGUGGUAGAUAAUUUCUUAAAUGUACAGUAUGCAAAGCUCAAAGAAAUUCCCAUAAAUGUUAUAAGUGGAGGCUGUUUUCUGAACAGUCACUGAAGAACAUUUAAUCUCGAUUGCAAGGUUUAAGGUUUCCUCUGCCUCUUCUUGUCAUAAUUACGUCACUACUGCUUCAGAAAAAUGUUCCACGGGGAGGUGUAGCACAGUGCCGCACCUUACAACGGUGUGCUACUGCCAGGCUUCUCAUGUUUCCUGUGUACAUCACUCAUCCCCACACUGCACGACACUCACUGUGCACAUUAUAUUGGUGGUCGCAGUAACUGAGGUAGUGAGUUGAGGUGAUAUUUUCUUCACUUCAAUAAUAAAUUACAAUAAGGCAAUACGUAGAAUACAAGCACAUGAAGGGUUAAGUGUGUAUAUGCUGUAUUGCUUAACUGCUGAUGUACUGUAUGUAUGCAUCUGUGUUGGCUACACUGUUUUACCAGGUGUCUGAAACAUUCACCUCAUCAUAAUUCAUCUGCUCCCUGUGUAUUUCAGAUCUGUGGGAUUUCACUGUACAGUACUGCUGGGUGCUGGUGAAUAUCCUUACAAUAGUGAAAAAAGGCUCGCACUGUUUUAACACAAUCAGUGGUACGCAGUGUGGUGGGGCACAGUGUUCUCUCCCCCAGGCCAAGAGCUGAUAGUCCAGAAAAGUGUUUUACACUCUUAGAAGGAGUGUUGAGAUAAACAUGAGAGCCCUGCAUAAUGUACAAACACAUUCUGUUAAGGUUAUUGGAUCUGAAGUUUUGUUGUAUCGAGUUGGACAUUCUUAGCCAAGGACGUUUGUGGUUAAACUUCAACUGACCUAAAAAAAAUAAUGUGGCAGCAGUUUUAAAAGUGAGUUGUAAAGCAUUAUAUUACAUGACAGCCUCACCUGUGUAUGGUGGUGAGGACCACUGUGUCAGGUUAUGGGUGCACUAUACAAACAACUGUCUUGUCUCCCACUCUUCUCUGGAAUGGUUCAACUGGGCAAAUAUCAGGCAAUUUGAUGUAAGAAAUAUGGUCAAGGUUUAUAAGUUAAGCCAUUUAUUGAUACAAUCUAGUUUGGUUGUAACAGUUGCCAUGUGGUGACUUACAAAUGACCAUAACAGAACUUCAAUUUGAAACUGUGCAUCAUAUGUAUAUUAGUGUGGCAGGUGGACAGUCCUCAGCAGGAUAUAUUGCCAUUGUGGGUUAAGACAUUUUCUUAGAUAUUUUAAUAAUUUUUUUAACUGAUAUAAUUUGUCAUAUAUUUCCCUGAUACCUGUACAGUAUGUAGAAAAAUGAAGACUGUUUGUAACUCAGCUUCCCCUAGUGACCAGCUUAUUCAUGAGUGAAAGUUUGUAUUAAACAUUGAUCGAUCAUCUGUGGGUAAUGCUAGAGGCAGAAAAGUCCAAGAAAGACGAGUGUGUGAAGCUGUCGAGUUAAGUUACCCUGACGAGAAUAUUUUUACACAAACUAUUUACUUUCUCCUCGUCUAAUUUCCCGACUUUUAAUACAAACACAAACUACAUUUUUGUACGUAUGACAAUGGCGGUGCUAUUUACUUUUUUAGCAAUUUUUUAUCUAUUCCGAGAUGUAUUGAUGCCAAAUAAAAUAUUUU